AUGAUAAAACUUCCUACUUACAAGAAGAUUAAAGCGUUUUGGAAAAAUGCAGAAAUACCUUCACUCAAGAAGUUUUUAGACUUCCGUUUGUGUGUGGGCGACUUAAAUGAUGAACAAACAGAGCACCGUCGGUACAAAGCUGAACUAAAUACUAUCAGUCAGUACUAUGAUGAAAGUUCUGAUAUUGGCCAGAAGCUGAUGAAAUGGAAGAAAAGUUUCAAGGAAAAACAACGCACUACCUGUUCCGUCAUCAACUACCUUGUCAACCUGCGUCUUGGCAAUGGGAAAAACUGCGUCUCUGUUGAUGAGCAUGUCAUGACUGGCAUGUCAGUGUGCAGUGCAGUGUUUCAAUGGACUACCUUGCCAACUGCAUCUUGGCAACGGGGAAAACUGCAUGUCUGUCUGUUGUUUCAGGCUGAUAAUAAAAAGUCGAAACAGGUGGAGCUUUUCUGGGGUUUGCAAAUGAAAUGGGAAAUGCUACAUAUAGAAAGCAAGAUCCUUGAGGAAGAGAAGGAACUACAGGAGAAACUUUGUCUCAAAGAGGAGAUUUCAAGAGCUUUCAAGAGCAAGCAGCCAGCAAUUGGAUGGAAACAAUGUUAUGAGGAAGAAUUACCUUCCACACCAACAAGCCAG